AUGAGCGCGUUCAUCCCGGCGCCUGUUCGUUCCUACACGACUUUCUCCGACGCAGAAACCGAGAUAGCAACGUCUACCGCAUCAUCUCCACUCUCUUCUGUCUCUUGUAUUCCAAAAUACCCUCUACGAGUCAAACACGCGUUUAUUCCACGUCGACCGGCAGAUUUUGGAGACGGGGGGGCCUAUCCGGAACUCGAUAUGGCCCAAUUUCCUUUGGGGAUGGGUAAAAAAAGUACCAUUGGGUCGGGUUCCACUACCCUAGCCCUGCAAGUCCAUGGUAGUGAUGGUACCGUUAAGUACGAUGCCAUCGUAACACAACACCAUCGUAACAAGACAAAAGUGUAUACACAAUUUCGGGAUCUCGUGGAAAAAGACGGGGAUGUUGGUACUGGUUUAAUCCGUCCUACAAAAGAUGAAGAGAUGGAGACGGCGACACGGACAAAAGAAGCGUUACAAGCUCUUGUACAGGGCAAAGUAGCCAGUUCUUUACCAACUCAUGUCGGUCGACAGAAGAGUGUACAAGAGACAGCCAAGUAUAUUCGGUAUACUCCUAAUGAUCAAGGUACUUCUGGAGUUCCAAAACAACGGAUUAUCCGGAUGGUUGAUGUUGCAAAGGAUCCUAUGGAACCUCCUAAAUUCCAGCAUACAAAGGCUGUACGUGGUCCUCCAUCGCCACCUGUUCCGGUACUGCAUUCACCUCCUCGAAAACUUACUGUUGCGGAUCAACAAUCUUGGAAAAUUCCACCGUGUAUUUCAAAUUGGAAAAAUUCCAAGGGGUUUACGAUUGCAUUGGACAAACGUCUUGCUGCUGAUGGACGAGGAUUACAGCAAGUGACGGUAAAUGAUAAUUUUGCAAGUUUGUCCGAGGCAUUGGCUAUUGCUGAACGCAAAGCGAGAGAAGAGGUGAAUAUGCGAGCACAGGUGCAAAAGAAGUUGGCAAUGAAGCAAAAGGAACAGAAGGAGAGUGAGCUGCGGGAGUUGGCAUCGAAAGCUCGGAUGGAGCGUGCAGGCAUUCGCGCGGACAGUGAAGAGGAGGAUAAUGAUAGGGGUCGCAAUCGACGUCGACGCUCAGUGAGUACGAACAGUGCCCGCCCACGUCAUUAUAGUGAAAACGAAGACCAGGACAGUGAUACUGAAGGGCGCCAGGAGCGUGACCGGAUCCGUCGUGAGCGGAAGAAGGAACGGGAACGCGAGAUACGUAUGGAGAAAUUGGGCAAGAAAGGCAAACUGGCACGCGAUGAAGACCGUGACAUUUCAGAGAAGAUUGCACUUGGACAGCUUCAAGGUGCCGGCAAAGCUGGUGGCAGCGAUGGGAUGUUCGACUCGCGGCUGUUCAACCAAUCGCAGGGCAUUGCUUCUGGCUUUGGCCAAGAGGACGAGUAUAAUGUUUACUCGAAGCCAAUGGUGGAUCGUGGUAAAGCUAGCGUGUACCGUCCGAAGGUCGACGAUGGUGCCAUUGAUGCUGAUAAGGAAUACGAGGAUUUAAAGGGAGGUCAUUCGAAGCGUUUCAAGGCUGACAAACAAUUUCGGGGCACUGAAGCUGUGGCUCGAGGUGGAGGACGUGAUGGUCCGGUGCAGUUCUCAUACGACAACACCAAGAAGGAGGAUACCGAAGACGUUGACAAGACUCACUCCCCUGAUACUCGCCGCAUUGAUGCACGUCGGUCGCCAUCUGGCUCUCCACCAAGGUCUGAGAUAAAGGCUCGCAAAUCCUCGGCUUCACCGCUACGAUCUCAGAAAAACAGCCGUGGAUCUCCGCCGCACUCGCGCGGUCGUGGCCAUUUGUCUUCCGGCUCGCCGUCUCGGUCAAGAGGUCGCGGUCGCUCUUCGUCGCGCUCACCACUGCGCUCGAGAAGUCGUCGACGCUCACCGUCUGGAUCUCCGUCGCGCUCGCCUCUGCGCUCAAGAGGCCGCAGGCGCUCACUAUCUGGAUCCUCGCCACGCUUUCGUGGACGUGGUCGCUCCCCGUCUCCAUUCCGUGGUCGAAGUCGUGAUCGUGCAGCACUUCGAGGACGUAAGCGCUCACCAUCACGUUCUCCGUCGAUUUCUCGCGAGCGUGGUCGUCCCCGUGCCCGUUUGCGCUCUCCCUCGUAUAUACGUGGUCACAGUCGCCGUUGGCAGUCGCCGUCUCGCUCUCGAUCUCGCUCUCGACGAUCUCCGUCCCGCUCUCGAUCUCGGAGUAGGGGCGACAGCUCGAAGCGCCGCCGCCGCUCGCCCAGCGAAGACAGUGAAGAUGAUCCGUUCGGACUGGACCAAUUCUUGACCGAUGCGCGUAAGGGAAACGGCGAUAAGCGUCACGCUACUGGCCGUGACCGUCGUCGUCGCUAG